AAUAAGUCAUCCGAAUAGUGGUUACGUCUGUAAUCGGUUGAAUCCGUUAACGCUCGCUUUAACGACGAAACGAUAAUUAUUGUGCUAUACCGGUAGUGAUGUGCUCAGUAGAAAGUUGAAAACUUGAAAAUGGGUUACUUCCGUGCUAAAACCUCUUCACAAUGGGAUAGUGAUAUUAAACCGUUACAGUUUAAACCUAAUCAUACAUCGGUGUAUAAAAACUUUUGUUUGUUAAGUGUGACUUUCGCAUUUAGUGUUGGAUUUACUUUAGGAAUUUUGAUACCUUUAGUUUAUAUAAAAUCGCAUAACGCGAAUGAGACUGAAUCUAUAUUAAACGAAACUCUAGUUACUAAUACUUCAGUUAUAAAAACAAUUUUUCUAAAUAACAGUUACGGUUACAUGAACUAUACUAGAAACAAGUUUCCAUCGGUGUCUUUCGUCGAAAAUAUCAAAGAUCCUUCUAGUGAUGAACAAUUAAUUGAAGAUGGUAUUUAUUGGGGACGAACCAUCGAAAGGGCGUUACCAGAAGGAUAUCACGACAAAAAGCACGUAAUAUGGGAAGAUUAUGUUAAAAACGCGAUAGCUGUCAAAAUGGAAAACGGUUGUGGGAGAAUGCAAAAUCGAUUGAUAACUUUUCAAGAUGGCACGAAAGGUUGCGUGAGAUAUAGACAAAACACGGAUCAAAUACAGGGAGAAUUAUUUAGUUUUUAUCUCGCUAAAAUAUUGAACAUACCUAAUCUUGCUCCUAGUACUAUAAGAGUGAUAAAUUUGAACGAUCCGUUGUGGCGUAACUUACGCAACGAAAUAGCUUCGGCUCAAUGGAAUUCAAACAGACCGAUUGUUUUAACUCAAUUCAUAUCAAAUUUGAAUUCUGCCAACAUUCCAAAUGUCUUCAAACCAGUUGAACGGCACUUGAAUAAAUUCGACGUAAUAAAUAUGACAAAAAAUGAGGUCUUAGAUAGCGGUGAUUUAAUUAAAACCUUAAUAGAAUUAGCUCAAUGGUCAGAUUUGAUAAUAUUCGAUUACUUAACCGCUAAUUUAGACAGGAUAGUUAACAAUUUGUACAAUUAUCAAUGGAAUGCUAAUAUUAUGGAUGCGCCUGCGCAUAAUCUUGCGAGAAAAGCCAACAGUGAUUUAUUAUUAUUUUUGGACAACGAGUCGGGACUUUUACAUGGGUAUAGGUUACUUAAAAAAUACGAAGUUUAUCAUUCCAUCCUUUUGGAUAAUUUGUGUUUGUUUAGAAGACAAACAGUGGAUAAAAUCAAAGAGUUGAAAAGCAAAGGUAACAUUGGACACAUGUUACGAGGUAUGUUUGAGAAGUUGAACAGUGAAACAGUUAAAGAUAUUUUACCAACGAUACCAGACAAAAGUGUAAAAAUUCUAAACGAACGAAUAGAGAAAGUCUCCAAUCAAAUUUCCAAAUGUGAGUCUAAUUUUUCCAAUAGUUAGUUGAACAAUAUGACAAAAAUAGGUUUUUAUAAAAAAAUUUUCGGUAAUUUAUACUUUGGCGAUCACUUCGUUUUUUGGCUCUAGAAAAUCGAAAAAUCAUCCGAUUUCGAUGAAUGAUUUUAUAAAUCUUUACGGAUUUACGAAAAAAAUUAUGGAAAUAAAAAAAAUCAUAUUGGUUUCAGAGCUUUAAAUGUUCAUGAAAAUGUCUACAUUUAAAUUCAUAAAACCAUAUAAUAUCUUCAAGUGAGAUAUUUCCUAUAUUUUUUCGCAUAAAUUCGUUGUAAAAAUAAAGAAUUUUAAAACAAAUGCAUCGAAAUAGGAUGAUUUUUCGAUUUUCUAGAGUGUUUAUGAACAUUUAAAGUCAGAAAACCAUAUGAAAUUUUUAAUUGAGAUAAAAAAUGAAUAAACAAACAUUUUUCGAUUUUUUUGCUCCAAAAUGUUCGUAAAACAACGAUUAAAAAAAAUUCAUCGAUAUCGGAUGAUUUUUCGAUGUUCUAGAGCUAAAAAACGAAGGGAUUGCGAAAGUAUAAAAUUACUAAUUUUUCAUAUACCAGUUAAAUUUUCAAAGUUUGUACUUAAAUUUUAAGAUUUCUCAAUUAUCUUCUUCAAAUCAUAUUCCAAUUAGUUCUGUUAAUAGUUUCUAAAUAUUGUUCUUAAUUCCACCAAUAAUAAUUUUACGAAAAACCAAAAUUAGUUGAAAGCACUAUAGGCAAACGUUGAAAAUUAACAAUCAACAAAACUGAACGAAUGUCAUUAUUUCAAUCCAAGCUAUAAUCAACUUUUGAUAGUCAAUCAUAUGAGCUCAAACUACAUAAAGUAAAUUAUCAGUAAAAGCUGAAAAAUGUUAGUAAUUCAACUAAUUAUUUCAAUAAAGUUAUGGCAUAUACUUAUAGAUAUAAUUAAGUGGAUAUUACAUUUAUUAAUACUGAAACAAAAUUUUAAGUUGAUAUUAUUGAAAAAUUUUAAUGCCUUACGCAAGAAUUUAUCUAAAAAAGACAUGGAAGAAUCAAACCGUAUCUAAAUUUUUUGUUAUUGCGAGCUUACAAAAAUAUUUUGAUUUCUUACAACAUUCAAAUGAAUCCAUAAUCUUUUCACGUACCAAUUUUUUUAUUCACUCUUUAUGGGUACCAUACCACGUCUCGUCUAGAUAAUGUAUCGGUUUCCAUGUCAAUAUUUUUUAAUGUUGUGUAAAUAAUCAUGACGGUAUGUUGGUAAACAGCAGGACUCCAUUAUACUCAGCUUUGAUUGAUAAUACAGUUUUGAAUAAUAAUUGUUCGGCUGCAAUAGAUAUUGACUGCCAGUAAGAUUUCGUUUAGUUAUUGUCAUCACAACAUUAUUUUUCUUCUUCCUCUGUUGUUUUAGAUAUUCUUUUCACUAUGUUCUAAUCAAUUUUCCAACGUUUAAUUUCUAAAAUAUGAUUCGAACCAAUUAAAAUAAGAAGUCAACCAGAAUUUAUUAAAUACUCUAUUUGUUCAAAUCGUGGUUACAUUUCUCAUGCUCUUUCGCUAUUUUUCUCAGCAAAACCAUCGACGGAUUGGUGGUAUGUCUGUGAAGUUUUACAAAUACUAUGAUUCAGAUCAUAUUCACUCCUUCUUCAGGUUUGUUAACUCCCCAAUAUCUUAUUCAAAAUCAACUUUAUUUGAAUACCAGUAGUUCUAAAGAUGAAGUGUUUUGAUGUUCAUAUUCUGGUAGGUUUCUGUAGCUAUCAUCUCUAUUAUUUUAUUUAUUUCUAUCGCAGUUUUGAUUAGUUUUGUUACAUCUAUUUGUAUAAUAGCAAUCCUAAAAAUGAGGCAUUUCUAUGAUUCAAGUUGUACUUGCUAUGUAAAACUAUGAGUUCUACCUUUCUAUUUAUUUCUAUCGCAGUUUUCACUAGUUUUGUUAACUCUAUUUGUAUAACAGCAAUCCUAAAGAUGCAGUACUGUGAUUAUUGAGGUUCUAGUUGGUGUCUAUACCUAUGAUUUCUAGCCUUUUAUUUAUUAUCUAAGAGCAACUCUAUUUGAUUAACAGCAAUCCUAAAUAUGAGGUAUUUCGAUGAAUUAGGCUCUACUUUCUGUCUAAACCUAUUUAUAUCCUAAGAACCACUCUAUUUGUAUAAUAGAAAUCCUAAAGAUGAAGUAUUUUGAUGUUUCGAGUGCUAUUUGGUUUUUAUACAUAUGAUUUUACCCUUUCUUCUAUUUAUUUCUUUCACAGUUUUGGCAACUUACUAUGAAUGUCUCAUCCUAAGAGUGCAACUCGAUUUGAAUAAAAGCAAACCUAAAAAUGCAGUAUUUUGAUGAUUUAGGCUCUAGUUGACGUCUAUACCUAUGAUUUAUACUCUUCUAUUUACUUCUUUCGCAGUUUUCAUCAGUUUAGUCAACUUUUAGGAAUGUCUCAUCCUAAGAGCAACUCUAUUUGAUUAACAGCAAUCCUAAAGAUGAGGUAUUUCGAUGAUUUAGGCUCUACUUGCUGUCUAAACCUAUUUGUAUCCUAAGAGCAACUCUAUUUGUAUAAUAGAAAUCCUAAAGAUGAAGUAUUUUGAUCAUUCAAGUCCUAUUUGGUUUUUAUACGUGAUGAUUUCUAUCCUUCUAUUCAUUUCUUCCACAGUUUUCAUCAGUUUUGUAUUCUCACACUAAAAGAAAAUCUAUUUAAAAAACAGCAACAAGUAUUUUAAUUAUUCAAGUCCUGAUGGUUUCAAAGGGCUUGUAAAAAAUUGUUUUUCGAGCUCGAAACUAUUGAAAAUAAAAAUUCAGCGCUUUUAAUGAAUUGAAUUUCAAAUAUGUCAAAUAAGAUGAGAAGCUUGAAAGAUGGUUUGAGGGUAAACCUUUUUAAAAUUUUUUCAAUUACUAUAUGGAAGUCGCUGGUCAAGUAACCAUUGUCGGUUUAUAUGGAUACCAGUAAGAAAUUCAUGUAGCUGACUCUUAAGAUAGACCUGCCAGAACAAAGUAGCAACAAAUUUUGGUUUAUUUUGAGUUUAGAUUAUCUAAUAUUUAGCUAUUGUUACUAGCUAUUUUGCACUGCAGGUAUUAUGUAGAUUAUCUAUUAAUUAUUUAUGAAGAUAUACCAAAAUAAAUAUCUUGAAACGCUGGUGAUUAGGAACAACAAUUUUCACUUGUGUGUUAAAUGCUCUAAUCAUUUGUAUUAUAUAAUUUACUCGUUAAAUAUUAACAGAACUAAGGAUCAUGUUUAAAAUGAACAUACCUACCAUAUUUUAUACAAAACUGAGAUCGUCUUAUUUGUUCAAAGUACAAACUAUGAGAAUCCCAAUUAUUAUCGUGUGAAUAUUUCAAUUUAAAGUUUGCAUACUACGAAUAUUAAUAAUAAUUUGAUAUAGGUAUUUAAAUCGAACGUGAUAUAAAAAAUUUUACAACUACGUAUUAAAAAAAUUGAUAAAGAAAAUUUUGAGCAAACUCCGGCAAACGACAGAUUCACUGUUUCAAAAUUUAAUGCAACAUUUGAAAACAAAAAUAAGAAAAGCGACUGGGUGCGUAUUCAGUUAUAUAAAAUGUGAGUAUCGUUUAACCCUCACAGCUCCGAUGACCUUGAAAAUUUAGUAUGUUGUACAGUUUUUUAUGCUGAACAAGAAUGUAUAUAUGAAUUAUAACGAAUCGUUGCCAGCUAUAUUAUGCGUUUUCUUAUUGGGAGCGUGGCAAUGAAACACCAAAGUAGACUAAUUUUAAUAUAUUUUCGAAUACUUAUGUUCGAAUAAUCAAUUGAGAUUUGUGGUGGCUUUGAGUUGUAUAAAUAGAAAAAUUUUAAUUUCAUAGGAUUCAAAAUUCAAUAUUCAAAAAAUUCCUCCUAUAUGACCGUAUAAAUAUAUUAUAAAAUUGCGAAAAAUAAUACUUUUUUAGGUCAUGUCGUGAGCAUUUAAUAUAAAAUUAUACUAAAAACUAAUUUCAACUCAGUUUUAUUAUGGUAACGAUUUUUCGUUCUUUCUAAUUGCACAAAAUAUUUUCAACGACAAUAGAGGUUAGAACUCUGCUGAACUUCACACAAAGGAUCUCUACUCAUCGCUUAUAACUCUCGUAGAACCAGAACUCGUCAUAAUACUAAAGCGUCUCACUGCCGUAACGAUUUUUCGUUCUUUCUAAUUGCUGAAAAUAUUCUCAACAGCAAUAGAAACUAGAUCUUUUCUGAACUCUACACAGAGGAUUUCUACUCAUUGCUUAGAACCCUCGUGUAAGCCAGAACUCUUUCGAGCACGGUAAUGUCUCAUUAUUGUUCAGUUUCAUUUGUUUGCAUCAGUUUUUUGUGAUACUUUUCGGUGAAUUCGACCGUUUUUUUCUGUUUUUCUGGUUUAAGGGCUCUUUGACCAUCAUAAUAUAGACUUUAUUUUGAUGAAACUGAAAAUUUUUAUGAUCAUCGUAGUUUUUCAGUACUACUACUCUUUUUUGUUAGUAGAAAUCAUUUUAUGGAGUUUGAUUCAUGAACUUAGAGAAUUUUUCGGUGUUUGAUUUUUCAGUUUCACGCUAACGACCUGAAGUUAGCGUCUCAUUUUUUGAAAUGUUGUUUUCUAUAUUUAAUACUGCAGAAAUAUCGAUAAAAAGGAACUCUAGAACUAUGCUGGACGCUAUAAGAAAUCCUUUCAAUCUAUGAGAGGCUAACAUGAGGCUAUAACUUCACACACGCGUUUCUGCGGCCAAAAUACUAAAAAAAUAUAUAUACAAUUACCAAAAUGUAUGUAAUUAUUGUCUGGUAACCAUUGCUUCAUAGAGUACAUGGCAAGUAAUGAUAUUGACAGUUUGUAGGGAUUUUUUUGUCCCUACACCCUAAUCAAUUGAUACGUUUAUGAUUUUAAAUCCUCUUGAUUUUAGGUCUCUUCUACAUAGAUAAAAUUGACGUUUCGACUUUUCUUUGAGUCUUUAUCAAAAUAUGACACUGACAAUUUGCGUAUUUAUAUUAAUCAAUAAAUCACCUCCAUCAUAAAUAUCAAAAUAAGAAUAAAAUCAAACUAGAUUUUUUUUUUGAUAAGAAAAAGUGAUUUUUCCCUAGUCUUUACAUUUCAAAUAUAUAGCAGUGAUCAAAUAAAUGAUUUGUAGUUUAAUUAGAAUUCACAAAAUAGAGCUGUAAAUUUUACUUACAUUAUUUUUUAUCAUUUAAAGCUUUUUCGUUCUUAUGUUCUAAUGAAUGUGAACCAUUUCUAAAUAUUCUCUUUUUCUUGUAUUACAUUCUGUUUCAAGAACUUCCGAAUCAUUAUAAUUGAAUUUAUGUUUUUUUUUUUGAUAUUUCACGGUUCGUUAAUGCAUUUUUACUUUUUUUAUCGUAUAGAUGACUUCUUAAUCUAUUUUCUAAAUACUGAGAUGUCUGCCCUAUGUGAUAGCAAUGAUUUUAUUCUUAUUUGAUAUUCAUGACAAAGGUGAUCUGUUGAUCAAUAUAAAUACGCAAAUUGUCAGUGUCAAUAUCAUAUUUUGAUUAAGAUUUGAAGAACUUUGAAAUAGAAGCGACAUAAAAUCAAGAAGAUUUAAAAACAUAAACAUAUUAGAUGGUCUAAGAAAUAAGAAAUUAAUUGAUAUUAUUGAUAUUAAUAUUGUUAAAAAAAUUGUUGAGCAUAUAAAUUUUGAUCCUUUCCUUUCCCCCAACAAUUUGAAAUCAAAUAGUUACAGGAAGAUUUUUUUCAUUGUAUAUUAUUGUCAUAUAAUCCCAUACAUGUUCAAUGGUAUUAAUGUCCAGCGAGCUCUCAAAGUAUUCUUUAUUUAUCUCUUUCCGCGAUAUGGUCUUGAAUAAUCGCCUUAAAAAUUGAGUCGUUGCCAUGAGGCUGAAUUAUUAUUUCAAUGUGUUUUCUGUGUACAAGGUAUUAGUCGGUCAAGGCUAAUAAUCAUUAGAAUAUGAUCGAACUCAUGAAAUAAAACCAUUGCAUUCAUUGCCGUUUCAACUUCCGCCUUUCUUUCACUCAAUUUUAAAUAAAUACAAAACUUCAAUAGUAGCACAGGAGAGAAACAUAUUCAAAAAGACUACAAUGAGCAGCUAGAAUCAUAACCUGAUUUUCAAAAAUCUCAAUGCCGUAAAAUCACCAAAAAAGUAUAUGUCUAUUAGUAUUAAAUUUUAUCGUAAAAAAUAGAUUGAAGCGACAUGCAACUGCGUUCCUAUAGAUACAAAGUGUUAUUAAAAUAUAUGGUUAAUUAUUUACUUAAAAACAAAAUAAAAAGAUAAUAGAACUUCAAAUAAUCUUCAAACAACUACCCUUGCCUAGCAAUAAAUUUAUCUCGUUGAAAUUUGAAAACAUUCGUGGUAGUGAUCGGGCUUUAUUCUGCUCUGUGGUGGCUAAUUCUAGAGGAGACUCGAACUUCCAUUUCAUGAUGAAAAGGAAGGUGUUGAUCAAUGUUUCAAGUCUAUUUCGUCAAAGUAAAACAAAACUUCUUUAAUCCGAACUCCGAAAAUUAACCCUCGUUCGGAUUCUUGAAGCGUUCGUAUUAUAGAACAGAGGUAUAUUUAAUGGAAUGAAAAUAGUAUAGUGAAAUUUUAAAUGUAUAUUCAUCUAUAAUAUUUAUUCAAAGAAUCCCAAUAUUUUAGUUUGUCGGGAGGUAUUUAUUGACAAUUAAACAGCUUCGUCUCGUAAUUUACGUAAAAGCAUUUUUUUUGGCAAAUAUAUGUUUCCCUUUACAAAAUUUGAGAGACUAAGGACUGACCACUCCUUCCGGAGACACCCUAUCAGUGGUUAAUUGUUUUCUAAUUAGGUGAACCUAAAAUAGUUAAAUAUUUUUCUUUCGAUCAGAAUCGUGAAAUGGGUGUACUUCUUCUAAUAUCAAUUGUAGAUUAUAAAAAACCUUGCCGAUAAUUUUGUUUGAUAUACCAUAGGCGUGGAGUGGAGAUGGUGUGUCCACGUGGACUGACGGUUUGUUAGAUGGUUACCGAAUUUUAUACGGGGACUAAAUAUUAUUUUUCAUUUCUUAAUUUGAUAAAAGAGCCGUGCGUAUUUAUGUCUCCUCUAUCAACAGUUUUUGUAGAUGUACAGUUUAUUUUCUAAAAAAAUAUUCGCAGUAGAAAUCCGUGGAUAACUUCACUCGAGUCAGUCUAUCACUUUUCAAUAUUUACGGUGAGAUAAUUGGCAAGGAGCAGUAAAUUUCGAUGAUAUCAAUAUUUAUACUCACGGUAAUAUUUCUCGCUACAACAAAUUCAUUUAAAAAUGUUCUAAACGAACUCAACUAGUCACUGUUUUCGUUUGUUCAACCCUGUAUAUCUGUUAAAAUAAACGCAUGAACUCAAAAGAAAUUAAUUAAUUUCUUCCGAUGUUAAAACACAAAAUGUUUAUUAUUAUUUUUGAAAAAAACAGCUCAACCUUCCUCUUAAAUCCUGUUCACAAGACAGAACGUUUUUGCACAAAAAAUAGUGUCUUAUAUCAUUCGCGAGUAACUAAAAUUGAAGGUUAUAUGUUCGCAAUACAAUCGUGGUAUAAAAUAGUGAAAAAAGUUAAACUCAAUAAUUGUGUGAUUAUUAUUUACUAACUGUUGAUUGUUUAGUUGUUUCUUGGGUAAUUAUCUAUCUAUUGCCUAUUAUUUAUUGCUAGUGCGAAAACGCCUCACUUGAACACGGUUGUACUUAUCAUUUGAAAUCCGUAGAUUGAUUUGAUCAGUUUCAUACUUCUAAAUCUUGGAUUUAAUUAGACUUUUUAUACUAUUCCAGCGUCAUAUCAUCUCAGAGAUUCAUGCAUACUGAAUAUGAUUUAAUUUAAUUUAUUAUAUUAUAGAUAUAAUAUAAAUGGAAUAUGUGAGAAAACUGAUGGUGCAAAAUGGGAAAAUAUUAUAAGAAAACUGAUCGAAACUUUCUGGAAUGUAAUCUGAUCACUAUCACGAUCAAUGAACAAUUGGAUUCUACCCUGAAUUACUAUUAACGCCAUCAGUUAUUAUAACUAAAAUUAUUGGGCGUACAGGAUGUGGUCAGGGCAAGAAAAAGAUUCCGUAGGAAGAAUGCCAGAAGACAGAGGGGCAAAGUGAGCUAAAACUCAGUUUUAGUCCCAACACACGCAGAGUUGGUACGAGAGCUGGAGUUCAACUUCUCAGGAAGAUCCAGGAAUAGGGCCAAACGUACAGGAUUGAACAGGACCUGGUCCUAUUGAAAGAGGAAGAAAAAAGAAGAAAAAACUCUUAUUAUUAACAUUAACAACUUUUACACUAGGUACUUAGUGGUACAGUGUUUCUCUCCAGGUCCCUUUCGAAAGUACCAGUGUGCGUCAACGAUACUUCUUAGCACUUUAUUUCGGAAUAUCUGGAUUAUGGGGUGUUAGCUUCACUGGCAAAUCCCCAUAAUUGGAUCUCGUAGGUCCUUACUAUUUUCAGGAUUUGUUUAUAUACAUGUGAUUUAUUAUAAAUUAACAAGAGUGGAUUGUCUUCUCAGCAACCAAUACAUUCUCUUGUAUCUAAUAUCUAGUUCUUCUCGUUUAUUUUUAAUGUGACGUUUCCAGCUUAAUUUCGCAUCUAUAUAUUUUAUAUAUUUUGUUGUAUUAGCAUUUGGGAUACGUUUGUUGUUGUCUUUUUUAUUAAUACAUAUUGCUCCUUUUUAUUUGUGAAAUUUAAAUUUCAUCAUAAAUUUAAGCUUAUUCUCUAUUUUUUGGUCCAAUAAUUGAUUUUAUUAAUUGAUGUCUUUAGGUUGAUUGCUAGUUCUUCGUAGCUGUGGUCUACAGUUAAAAUAGCUGUGUCAUCUGCAAUAGUGUUGUUUUCUAAUUAGGCAAUGUCACUAGUGUUUGAGAAGUAUAGUGUAUAAGAGGUAAAAGACAGCCCAAGAACACUACCUUGUGGUACAACCGCGAGGAUUCCUUUAAUUUUGAGUAAGCAUCUUCUUACUUUAUUCUGAAGUUUCGUUUUCUUAUAUAGGACUCUAACAGUUUUGCAUAUUGGUUAGGCAAGAGUUUGUUCUGUUUGUGUUUAAGCUCAUUCUGCCAAACUUUGUCAAACUACGUCUAAGAAGGAAUACACCUUCUUUUCUAAUGAUUUUUCUAUGACAUCGGUUAUCCUGUGUACCUGGUCUAUAGUGGAGCCAAACAGAUGUGAAAAAAGAAUCUUUUCACUAGUAUUGGUUAUCCUGUGUUUUUUCACUGUAUUUUCACUAAUAUUUUCUCAAAUAGCUAUAUGAAGAUACUACGUUUGGUGGUUUUCCUGGUUUGGGAAUCAGCUGCUUUUUACAAGGUAGAUACAUACUCACGUCGUUUAUAAUAUGCGUUAAUUGGAUUAUUAUAGCUUUCUUUGGUAAAUGUUCCAGUAUUUCUCCGGUUAUUAAGUCAAAUACAGGAGCUUUCUUCGGGUUGAUAUCUACUUUAAUCAUCGUGGAUAUUUCCAUUGGAGUAGUCCUUCGGUAGCUGUGAAAGUGUGUGCUAAAUGUUCUGCAAAUAUAUUUGCUUUUGGUUGAUCGAAACUCGAUGCCUAUCAGUUACCAAAAAAAUUGGUUUUCCAAUUUAGCCACAAAAAAGUUUUUAGCCAUCAAUAUCCAGCCUAAAAAAUGUCGAAGUAACUUAAAAAUUUUGUCGAAUAGUUUCUAGGGUUAACAAAUAGUGUAAGUUGGAAUUUCUGGAGGCGUUGCUGAUAUUCAUACUAAACACACUGUUUUCACGAUAACUACACCAACUCUCACAAUUACAUUGUCUAACCGAUAAGUUAUCGUCUUCAGAGACUCAAGGUAAACUCAGUAACACAUAGUGAAUAUAAACUGCAGUACAGAUCCCAGUUUUAUGUUUGAAACUAGUGCUUUAAAAUCUUUCUAUCCUUUUGAGCUACAGAUUGGGAUUUUUACAGUAGUAAAUUUUUAAGAUUUGCAGAUGUUGUUCGUUCGUGUACUUCACCAUGAUGAAAUGUCUACUGAAUAAACUGACAGUGACAUUUCGAUGUUAAGUGAAAGGGUGCGUUCAGAAAAUAAAUUCAAAAUUGUCAAGUCUCUAUUGAAAAACCGAUUAUUUCCAUUCUCAGAUUUUUUUAUCUGCUGGUAUUACUAUAAUUUCUGCAUAUAUUAAUUUACUAUUUUUACCGGUUAUAGAUUUCGGGUACUAGUCAGCAGAAAAUGGUCACAACUUUGGAUAAAUCGUACAGCAAGCGAACCUUGUACAGCAAUAUUUAAUUGCCAACUGACAUGCCUCUUUCUCGUAUUAAAAGAGCCACUAAUUCAAUGGUUUAAACUAUUGCGAUUUAACUAUUUUAAGGGUAUAUUUAGCUAUGUUCUAUCUUCUAAAUUUCCAAACAUGUCAUAACAUUGAAUCAUAUUUCAGAUGAAAAUUUAAAUCCUCAUUCUAUUGGACUGUAAUGCCUCAUAUUUUUACUGUAUCUGUAACUGUAUUCACACGAAAUAUUUAAAUCAGACUAUUAGAUAGGGUUAUGGUUAAGUAUGCAAACUUUAUUUUGAAUUUACCACAAUUGAUUAGAAGAUGUUAUGAUACUGAAAAAAUUAUUUUAUGGAUAUAUUUAGAACUAUUUAACAUUACAUGUGCUCGUAAUUUUGGGGACUUUUGUAAACCAAAAUUUUUAAAAUGUAUUUACAUACUUUUAAUGAUCAAGAUUACGGGCAUGUUCUUGGUAUUUAUUGUGGAUUCCGAUAUCAUUUUGUCACUACAUUAUAGCAUAUACAAUAUUCAGUAAAAUUUUGUAGGUUAUUUCAAUAAUUUGCGUUUACUUGAGGUUAUGACGCUUCAAUUGUGUAGGGAUGGUUCUAGAAGUACCUUACCCAACAAAGAAAACAUAAAAAUAUAGAAAAAAAAUAUAUUUAUCAUAUACGAUAUCUCUUUUAUAAUAAGAAUCAACAAGUUCCUCAAAAUAGCCAUAAACUGCCGACAUCACAUCUUCAUUGUUGGAAAAUCUUUGACCACCGAGCCGUUUUCUCAAGUCUGAAAACAGAAAAUAAUCCGAUGGGGCAUAAUUUAUCAAUUUUGGCUAUUUCAAUAAAGGAUAUGUGAGCUGGUGAUCUUGACGGAUCAACACUUUCUUCUUAGCCAAAUGCGGCCUUUUUUGCUUGAUUUCUUCGCUGAAAUAUUGCAAAAAGUUCACAUAACCACCUUGCCUUCAGAUGGAAAGGCGUUUUCAUUCCUUGGUUUUUUUGUUCCGGGUGCGAAGUGAUUGAUCCACGUUCCAUAGCAAACGCGGUAUCUAUCAUGUCUUGUCAUGCUUUCUCCUGUCCAAAUUUUCAGUUAAAAUGCGAUGUUUACGAUUUAUGGCUGCCAAACAAAUACUAAACAAUGUGGCAUGUUCAAACUUGAAACAUUUGCUGUAUAGAUUGUGUACUUUUUAAUACAGUGGUAUUUUUCAAAUAACUAUCGCCAUCUCUAGGUCAGGCUAGGUACUUUUUGGACCAUUCUCGUAUGAUGCCAUCUUGUAUCAAUAAAUGGUCAAAAUCUCAGAAUCUUAGUGACGGUAUUUCAAGUAACUGAUCAUUUAUUGUUACUUUUAUGGGCUUAAAUAUUGAAGGCAUUGUCUGAGAAAACUGAACUACGUUUUUCUAUAUUUGUCCGUUGUUAAAAUGUUGUUAUCCACUAGCCUUCACGUGAUUUUAUAAUUUGUAUUAUUAAGAAACCGAAGGUAAAAAGACCUUCGUUUUCAAUAAUGCAAAUUUAGUUGGUAUCACCAUCUAAUUUUGAAUGAAUUUACUCAAGUUAGCAAACGCAAAUUUUUGGAAUAACCUAUUAAUAAAUACGUUUAGUAUAUUUAUAAACAUAUUAAUCGAGGGCCGAUUGGCAUCUUGAUACUUUUGGAGUGGUUUUACCCCGUAUAGUUUCUGAAGUAGAUCUACGGAAUCCCUUGGAUACAACGAAAUUUAUUGAUAUCUUUAGACAAAGACAUAACGUAAGCGGUUACCUGCCGCCGCCGGUACGGUACUGUGUAUCGAUCGUCGGAUGCGGGUACUAUCGAAGAAGUACCGUGACAUCUUUAAUUUAUUGGAAUAUCAUUCAAGGAAUCAGUACUAUAUAUCGUUUGCCAUAUAAAUAUUUUUAUAAUUCCAAUUGGUACUGCGUUCUUGAAGGUGUAUUUGUUUUUAUUUAUUUAUUUAUUUAUUUAAAAAUGUGGAUAAUAAUGUUUCGUCUAAAGCAAUGUUUUUAUCUAGUCUUUCAUAAUUAUAUGAAUAUGUAUUAUUAUUAGAUGUGUUUCAAAAUAUGAAUAAUGACUUUUUUGAUAAUUGUGAAAUAUAAACUACCAAAAUACAGAAAUAAACACUUUACUUAAUGGUUUCUGUCUAGCCGAUUUGAAAAUAAAACUUUCAAUUCUCAGGUAAAUGUUCUUAAAAAAAAAAGAAAUGGAAUUUUAUCUUAUAAUUAUUCAAAUUAGCUCAUUCUUUAGAGUUCUUAGUAGAUGUUGUUUGUGGGACAUGUCAUUUUUGGCGAAUUUCAACACAAAAAUUCAAUUCAAUCAAAUUUUAAUUUAAAAAAAUCCAAGAAUCAUAAGCUUCCGUUUAUUAAUCCUUGGCGAAUUUCAAAUUUAAAACGAACCUUAAUGUUAUAGUGGUAAAUUUAUAUCGUUUUAUUUGAAUUUCCUUCUAUCUUCUAGUCAAUAGUUGAUAGUAUUCUAAUGAAACAACCAUUUGAGUAGGAUUCAGGAUUUCAUAUUCGAUAAUUUUCACCCAGUCCCGCAACGGGCACAACAUCACUUUAUUUACCGUGAAUCCAGGCUUUGCAUCUCUUCAGCAUGCUUCGACCAAGCUCGUUUGAUCUCAAACUUUCCAUUUCUCAUAAUUAAUCAAUUGAGAAAUAUUUCCAUUUGACAGCGUUUAAAAGAAGUAUCGCGAAUUUCGAUAUUAAAUUUCAUGUAGACAACUUAUUUGAAGCCCAAACCAUCCAGUUUUUUUGUAUGUCCAGACUUUUUAAAAUGCUUUCAAACUGUUUACUGGCUGAAGCUUAGUGAUGUCUGGUAAAGCUGCAAAUCGUUCUGUUUACUUAGCACGGUUUUGUACAUGACUUGUGAAACUAAUUAUUAUCAAUAAAUGGAAAAACCUACAAUCGUAUAUUCGGUGAAAUGUAUCGGGAGCCAAAUAAGUACUUAUAGGAAAUAUUUUUAAUAAUACGGCUAUGUUAACUUAGGCUUUUGGCUCAUCCAAACAUUUUUUUUGUUCUGUACAGCUUAUGGUUAUAGAAGACCGAAUUAACUUACUUAGUUUUGCAUUAUAAAUUAGGGUUUAUCAAUAUCUAUUACAUCAAGUAUUCAAUACCUUAAGAAAGCUCUUUUAAGCACAAUAUGAAGAAAAUAUCUAUAAGAAAAAUACUUUUGAGAGUUAUUUCAAAGUCAAUUUGUUUAUCAAUAUUGAAGAUCUAUCUAGAACGUAUAAUUUUAUUCUGGACCAAAAAUUCAAAUCUAAGAUAUUAUCAAAAUAAUAUUAGGAAACGAAGCUUAAGGUGAUUGCUUUCGAUAUUCUAUUCCUUAAAAUAGUGUACAAGUUUUUUGAGAUCGAAAUAGAUAUUCAGAAUGCAAAAAAAACUCUUCUAGAGACAGCAGAGAAAGUCUUACAAAUUCAGUUUAAUUUUAUGUGAAAGUGACAUUGCACUAAUAAAUAUAAAUUAUUAAUGAAGACAUUUUAAAUGAUACCACAAAUUAUAUGAUAAAUCGAAGUUUACUUAGAAUCAUUUUCAUCAAAUAAUCUUAUACACCAGCAUAAACCUGAAUUUUCCAGAUUGGACUGCUUAGAGACCGACGCAUUAUGGGGAGAGCUUCUUACCACCACACCCAUCUAAUCCAGUGGGGUCGUCGCUUUUCUUUACCGAUUUCUCUUCGACCUUCGUCAAUAGGUCGUCGGUGUUGCAGGUUUCCCUGCAACCUGGCAAACCGGUUCUCCAGCCAAAUGGCCGACGAUAUGGAAUAAUGCAGCCGCAGCUGUACCCGCUCCAAAAAAAUAAAUACAACCCCUCAAAAAUAAAAAAAACCCAAACCGAUAAGAGCCGUUUUUGCUUACGAGCUUAGUUUUCGUUUUUUUCUAAUCAAAAUCUUUUUUUUUAAAUAGUUAGGCAUAUACAUCUCAACGAAACCACUACAGCCCCAGCACUGCAGAAUAGCUAAUCCUAUAUAAGAGAAUACCACUCUAACAAACACCAUUCCUUACAAAAUCCUUCUUAUCCUACUAAACUUUAACCAACCUCUCUUUCGUCAAUAGGUUUAGUAGAAGUGUUUGUCUAUCUUCUUUUCUUGAAAAUAGUGACAUAAAUUUUGCUCUUUUUUCUUCUAUUUUGACAUUCUUUUUGAGCGUGUAUAUUUCAUAAACUCUAGAAAGGGAAAAUUCUUAGACGAGUAAAAACGAUAUAGGUUUAGUUCGUCAGCUACCCAGGUUGUUUUUUAGGGCGGGUCUUCAGCUGUUAGAAUCCUUUUCUGGAAGUAUCCUCCAUCUUCUUUUGAUCCAACUAUCGGUAAAUUUGUUACAAAAAAGCAUUCUGCACUGCUACAGCACAAUGAAAUUACUUUUACCUAAAAAUGUCACGUAAUUUUUGCAACAAGCAUAGAGUCUACGUUUUCCAGUGUGUCCAGCUUAACUUUCGAGAAUCGCACUAUAUAUCACGUGUUUCGAGUCCUCUCAGUUUAAUUCUCUAUGUCCUUAUAUCGAGUGUGCUAAUUUCAUAAUAAAAAACUUUAAGGACUCAGUAUUUUUGAAAUUUGUCAAAAUACCUAGGACGUAUUCUAGGCUUGAAGCUUGCCCAAUGUUCCGAUAGUAGAUUUGCUUUACUUUUGACAAGGAAAAUGUUUUUCAACAUCCUUUAAAGGAUCUUGUUAGGUUUAUGAGAUUUCUUUGUUAGUUGAUUUGCACCUUUGGAUCUGCUUUUCUUAUUUCCAUCACUGGUUUCCAAAUCUUACUUUUUGUUUAACUGCUUAUAUCCAGUUAUUUUAAUUCUUUUUAAGAUAGUUCCCCCUCCUAAAUGCUCUUGAUUAUUUCUCUUUUUCUACUUAGGAUUCUACACGUAUGUAAACCUACAAAAUUAUUUGGUGUCUGUUACAUCUCCGGUGUGUAUAAAUAGAAAAGCGUAAAACCACCAAUAUUUAUAAUAUAGACCUCAAUAAAAAAAACUAAUUGCUGACUAGUACAUUACCCAUCAAUUCUUAUAACGAACCGUGACAAAUUUUCAAACUUUACAUGGUCUAAUGCAGCUUUCAAACCACGAUGACUGUACAAUAUUAUUAGAGAGCGUCUAGACAUGGAUAUAUGAAAAAGUAAUUACCGUUUCUUAUUUUUUUUUUUGGUAAUUUUUUAUCUAUUGAAAACCGUCUGCGUAUGAAUAUAAUUUUCAAGCAGUUUUGGUGUAGAAAUUAUGUGGUUUAGAUGAAACUUCUUGCGAUAUUUUCGACGGUAUCUUACGAGGUCUGGCUAUUACAUAACGAAACUGGUUACGUAAAAGAGUUUUAUUAUAAAAAUUAUUCAACAUUCGAAUGCUCCACUUCAAUAUACUCCCCUCCCUUCGCCACACGUCUUUCCAUACGUUUUUCUAACCUUUCAAGGAAAUCUGAGCAGACCCGUUGACACAAGAGCUUUUGGUCAGUAAUCAGACUUUUGUCAUCUGUAAUUCCUCGUGUAAAAUUUUUAUAACCGUUUCUUUAUCGGCGUUUACAGUAUCAAGAAUCGUGCGGAUGCUCAUUAGUAUCUGGACGAUUGCCUGCACGCAAAAUUUGUUUUUUACCCCACCCGUCUAGGGCGCCAUCUAAGCGCCCGGUCUCGUUAUUUAAUAGCCAGACCUCGUAUAUCACCAAACUGGAAAGAACCGUUUUUUUUAGGCUGGAGCUUUCCAUUUUCCUUUUUCUCCUCAAACCACGUUUCUUCUUGAGACAGAAUGUCUUCUACUGUGUUCGAAAAGCGUCUCUGUACUUUUGGAAUCUGAGUGCAUGAAACCAACACGGAGCGACAUAUAUGAUUGAGCGAAUGGAAAUUCACUUUACACAAGUAGGACUAUUGAGAUUUGGUAUUAAGUGGAUCAAAACCAUCGCAGAUACCUCAGAUUUUUUGCAAAUAUUCAAUAGUUAUUUAUAUGCCAAGGCCUGGAUGUGCUACUUUGUUGGAGGAGUCUGAAAAUUUCAAGGCGAGCGAAGCGAGACGAGCAACAGACGAGUCCAACAAAUUAGUAUUUCAGCCGCGGCGUACACAACAUUUUUUAGACGACGCAUAAGAAUGUAACAAGAAUUCUAUUAUAUUUUCUCUGGUUUUUGAUUUUUUCGCAGAGUAGCCUUUGUUUUGUUUCUUCAGGAAAUUGAUGAGUUUUAGAUAUUUGUUGAUGCCAACAUCUUGUUUUAUGGCGAGAGUACUUUUAAUAAUCGAGAAUGUAGACCAUGUACAAUUUAUCCAAAUUUUAUAUUUUUCUGAAAAAUAAGCGAGCACUACGUUUUCCAUUGGGUUUCUCGCUUCUUUGUGGUGACACCACUUCAUAAAGAGCUCGUACUGUUUUUCGUUUCUUGUACGAGAUUUAUCCGGCAACGAAUUAAGAACGGCCGCAUUGAUUUCUUUGGUGAGAUCCGGUGGCGUGGAUUCGAGUAACUCUACGCAACGCAUUCUAGUCACCUGCCCUAACUGUCCUAUGGUCCUACUGGUCGACCACAGAAUAAAGUUUAUAAUAGUGUGUGGUACUAGCGAAAAAAAAUCAUUUUAAACGCCAGAUUUUGGAACAGACGUUUCAAAAUUAAACAAUAGGAAGCCUACUCUGAGCGUAAGAAAAUUAAUGUGAGAGUGCCACAGGAUAGUGGUUCAAGACCUGUCCUAUACCUCUUGGACACUAAUGAUGUGCCUAAACUAGAAAAUGAUACUUUAACUACCUUUGCAGAUGUUACCGCUUUACUAGCGGUAAGCAAUAAGCAUAAAGGAGCGAUAGAGAAAUUAGUUAUCAUUCAAUACAAAUAAAGAGAAAAUAUUGAAAAAAUGAAACCAAAUGUAUACUUUACAAAUAGAGCUCCUACUUAUAAACAAAUAAACAUAAAUGAUUAAUGAAUCCCAAUAACAAAUAUAGCAAAAUAUUUAAAUAUAAACUUCGCUGGACUGUAUUAAAAAAAAAGAACAACUUCGAAUAAUAUGAUGAUAGUAUGAUUUAUAAACACACCUUCAAAAUCAUCUGCUCGAAUGAAUUUUAACUAUGGGGCUAUGCUAGUCCAUAAAUCAUUCAAAUAUUUCAGAAUAGGGUACAAAGAAAUAUCGUGGACGCACCUUAACAUGAACUAUGAUUUCAUCGCCAUACUAAUGUUGAGGUAAUCCAGGUAAUAAUUAGAGUAAUAUGCGUUAAUUAGUAUACAAAAUGUAUACGAAAAAUACUAUUAAGUAAGACCUUAGCUAGAUACGCAGUAGAACUUUUGAGUUCUAACUUGCUAAUUAAUCUCAACACCAGAUUGUUCACACAAAUUGUUCCUUAUAAAAACAACAUAGAACAAUCUUAGAACAAUCUCCAAAAUCGCAAUACCUUGAAAAUGCAGCUCAAAAAUUGUUUAUUUUCGUUAAAAGUUUAAUUCUCUUCCUACUGCGGUUUUGUACCAGACUAGAACAAAUCUGAAACAACCUGGAAGAACAUUAAAAUUUUUUAUAACUCUAAAGUGAGGGGCCAACCUCUCGGAGUCAUUUCUUUAUUGUAUUUUUUCUUUCCUUAUAGUCUAUUGUAAACGACUAAAAUCCGUAGUCCAUGUUUUUUUUAAAGUAUAAUCCUCAAGUGAGGUACUGAUAAUCGGUUACGAUAAUCGUCGUGAACACAACACCGAACGUGUUCGGCCAUUUUGUAUGGCUGCAAGAAUAUUUAAAAUAACCAUAUACCGCAAAAUCGAAACGUAACAUUUCUAUUGAAAUGAUGAAUGCGAACGAACCUAUUAAAUAACAUGUUUGCUCUAAUGGACAUUAUUGUUGCAAUUCACGUUCGUAUACAAUAAUAUAAAUCAAUACCUUGACAGAUUUCCUAAAAUACAGGAAAUAAUUAAAAUUAAAACAACCGGUACUCGAUUUAAAGCUGAGUAAUGGUUGAUACAAAAGAAUUACAUGUUUGAAUCAGUUAUUUUAUCGGCAAUCAUCUCAUAAUUAGAACUGUAUUUACACUUCUUGACCGUAGGGCAAUUGGAGGAACUUGAAAAUAUCGUUCCAUAAAUUGAUUCAAACUCAAAUAAAGAUAGUUAUGUGAAGUUAUCAACGGAUUUCUGCUACCAAUAUUUUUUCUAUAACAUAAACUGAACUUUAAAAAAAAUGUUAUUAGAGGAGAUAUUAUAAUAGACUACAUAAUUGUACUAACAAAAAUUGAAGAUUACAUUCGUUAACAUAUGUUUUUUACAUACCCGUUUUUUACAUAUUUUCUGAUUCUAAACGGAAGAACUAAAAAAUAAAAAUAAAUUAUUUAACUAUUACAAGAUUCACCUGAUUAGAAAACAUUUUAUCAAAAAUUGUGUUUUUCAUAACGUCGAAAAAAACUCAAACGUUUGAGUGCUGACGCGCAUCGUUCUUUUAAAAAUCGAAGCCGCAAAAUUUACUUUUACUAUCACGAAGGAUCCUUAAUAAGGAACCUUUUAACGAAAUGUUGUGAUGUAAGUGUUUCUUAUAAUCCAAAAAAAAAACAAAAUUCAUAAUCUUUACGUUUGAACGACGACGCGCAGCAUUCUUUUUGGAAUCGAAGCCCCAAAAUUUUUCCAAAUUCUUUUUAACUAUGACAAUGAUACUAAUAAGAAACCAUUAACAAAAAAUUUGAUGGAAUUAUUUUUUAUAACUCCAAAAUAUAGAAGAAAUUAUCUGUUUUAACAUUUGUGGGUCGUCGGAUUUAUAUUUUUUAUAAAUGUUUACCAAGUUUAAUAUACUGUCAGAUAUUUCCGGUAUUAUUAAUAUCGUUACACUUCAUUUUGUAUAAUUCCUCCCCCCGCAGAGCUCCUGCGAUUCCUGAAAGACGGUACAAAUAAUAUUUAAGCUCACAUUAAAAUUUUUUGCUGUCAUACUUUAUGCAUGAGAUAAUGAUCGUCUGGAGAUUGCAGAAAUUUAUUAAUUUCUUCACGGGAAAAUCUUUUCGAUUUUUUGGCUCUAUAGCCUAUAGCCAAUUGUUUUUCAAAUAUGUAAUGAGCUUCGAGUAUUUACUAUCUGCGUCGUUAUUUACCAUUAGGAUGUCUUUCAGUUUUAAAUAAGUCGACCAAAGUAUUGGAAACUUCACAUUUUCGAUUUAGUUUCAGAGUAAGAUGGUAACAAUCUUUCUGUGAAACUGCUUAUGCCUUUUUUAAUACGUCACCUCAUGAAAGAAUUAUAUUCCUUCAAAUACUGUUCCCUGGAAUUCUCAGGAAGAAGAUUCAUACUCGCUGCAUUUCCCGAUUCAAAAUCUUCUGGUGUGUAGUUUACACUUUCACUUCAUUAUUACUCUCCAUAAUAAUACUACACUCCUUUUUAUUACACACAAAACGGAUUUUCUUGAACGAAUAUCAAGAAAUAAAAGUGUGACAGUUUAUCGGAGAAACGAAUUGACAUGAGAAAGAAGCGUUCACAGCCCAAUAUUUUGAAAAAACAAUUUUAUAAUUGCGUUAAAAAAUAACACGUUACGGCACUUUUUUUAACGCAAAAGUGUGAAAAAAUGAACCGCCAUGGUACUUUUUUCACAAUAUUAUAACGAACGUAAAAAAAAAUGUUUACAUUACAAUUUCUUUGUUAUUAAACUACUUAUUGAGUUUACUUUGCAAUAGUGGAAGAAAAUUUCGAUUCCAAAACGAACGAUGUGCGUCAGUACUCAAACGUUUAUGAAUUUUUUUGACAAUCACAUUUUUUUAUUUAACUGUUAUCUAAUUAGGAGAAUUUUGUAAUUGUUUAAUAUUUUUUGGGUUUUCAAUUGAGAAUAUUUACAAAAAUGCGUGUUCAUUGUUCUUAGUUAAAUGUGGGCGACCAAGGGGCCGUUGAGCACAUCUGCCUUCAGAUAGGCCCAUCGUAUCUCACUUGACGUUACCAAAGGCCGAUGUUCUUUGAGAAGCCGAUCAGGCGCUUUGGCUUGAACCCUUUGAUGUCAAUAAGCUUGCCCAACUAUUUAAACCGCGUCGUAUGAGUAUAGGGCGCUCACAGAUAACGAGGUCUGCGGUUUCGUCCUCCUCCAUGCACCAACAUGACUCCAGAUCAUACAUGAUUACCCUUGACGUGGAAAUGGUGUCUUAGAUGCAUUGUCCGGAUAUCGCGCCUGUUUAGUUGGUGCAGUUGUUUGCUAUGGGACGCACCAUAUGUGCUUUCGCUUGACUCAUACCAGGUGUCUCUAUCCAUCCCGCCUUGGGAGUAGACCGUUGAGAAAUGCGAUAGAAACGCUUUUAGCCACACCAAGGAUAGUUAAUUUUGUAAAAAAAAUUUAGAGACAGAAAUCCGUGGAUAACUUUCUUCAUUUGUCUGAAAUCGCUUUUCACCGAGACAUUUUUUUAAAUUGAUUUGAUACGACACGUGCAAUUAGGCUUAAGACGUCAUAGGAUGUUGUGAACGCGAAUUUAAAUGGAGAAAAUAAUCGAAACGAGCAAAAUCCUAUGAAUAUAAAAAUUAAGGCAUUAAAUCAUAAUGCAACUCGGCUUAUUAUUUUUCAACAAUUGCGGUCGAUAAUUUCGGCAGCAAAUCAGCUUAACCAUGACUUGAUGCAUUGAAAAAGGUGGUUGCUUUCUUUGGAGCACGUUCCUCGGAUGAGUUCCAUUAUUUUGAUUGUAUUUCUUUUCUAGGGUAUGAUGUAUCCAAGUAGCACGUACUGCGACAUAUUCAUGAAAAUUUAAAAUUUUUAAAGUGAGGUUUUCAUCAACAUUAAUAAAUCGCGGUACUCACGUUGCAGAUAGCUUGAUCACUUCAUACAUAACUUUUCUUCGGGUUUUUCAAUUCUUUUUACACGUAAAAAAUGAUGCUUAAUUAUGUGGGUGGAAGUCUCGACAUAUGUUUAACUGUCCUGGAUCUUAAUGAACAUAUAUUACUGAUUUUAAUAAACUAAAAUAUCAACUGCUGCUAUUCUUUUGUUUUAUAUUUCUAAAUUUAUAUAAUUCUUUAUCAAAAAUUCUCUUCCCACGUUUAUAUUUUUUUCUUUUUCCUAUCAUUUAUAAUUAGGUAAAACGUAUGCAUGUAUUUGAAAUAUUUUUCUUAAUAAUACGUAAAAGUCAUCAAAAAUUAUUAAUAAACAAUUUGAGUUUCCUGUUAGAACGUUGCUGUAGAUGAAACUACUCAAAUUUUGUCAGUUUAUUACCUUAAAUUAUUCAAAUAAGACAUGGUUCGAGUUGGUAAUAAAAAACUAUUACUGACUAAUAAAAUAUGUGAUACAAAAAUUAUACGGGGAAAUAUUGAGUUCAUUAAUGUAAAAGAAUUUUUAUGUUACUUCAAUUUAUUCAAUACUCAAUUGAAUUGCUAAUGUAAAAUUAAUGUUGCUUCAAGAAUGUUCGUACUUUUUAUUAUAAAUUGGAGGAAAUGAUCUCUAAUAUUUUCAAACUAUGAAAAAAACAUGUAACAGCAUGCAGUAUAUAAUUUUUUGUGAUAAAAUUCAUAGGAAUACAAUCCACUUGAUCUAAAACUUAUAGUCUAGUUAAAUUGAACAGAUGUUGGAAUCAAAAAACUUUAUAUUGGUACUCAAUUCACGGUUAAAAAAGGAUUGUCAAAAAUUCCACUAGAGGGGUCAUGCAUAAAUUACGUCACAUGAUUUUCAUUUCAUGAUUUUUCGCUCCUCCCCCUGUCCUUGUCACAGCUGAUCACAUUUGUGAUUUUUCGAAAAAUUGUAGUUUAAAGUUCGUGUUGUAAUAUUUAGAUUAUAAUAGAUUUUGCAAUGUGAAGUCACGAAAUUUAGGACCUCUCCCAUACCUACUCAUACAAUUCACACUUCGUCAACCCGCUCCCACCCCUUUAACGUGUGACGUAAUUUAUGUAUGGCCCCAUAUGGGAAGAUUUUAUGCUUUAUCAUUUUCUGGUAAAACAGAAGUUUUGUCGGAAAAUUUAUAUAUUUUGAAAAACGGAGAAAACAUUUAUUGAGAAAAAAAUCGAAUUAAACAGAAGCAUAUGCAUCAAAAUAUGUUAAAAUAUACAGGAUUAUUCAUAUUGACACAGGCAACCAAAAUUAUAUAUAUUUUUUUAAUUGAUUGUCCUUAUUUUCGUUUUGUUUUUAAAAUGUAAUGUUUUGUACUGUUAAACAGAGUUAUUUGGAAAAGAUACACCUUAUGAAAAAUUUCCAAAUUUCCAAAUCGCCCUGUACUCGAAUCUAUAUCGAUCUAUUUGAAAUUAUUUAUCAACAUUUCCUAUUAUUACAGAAAAAAAUGAUGAGUUUUAUUUCGGUGUUGCGUUUUAAGAAUCCUAAUUUGAUUUUUUAAAUCUGUGAUGAAUUUAAUUCAGGAUUGCUUAUUUUCACUUCUAUAAGCAAAUUGAACGGCUUUACCAUUUUUGAGGUUUUGGGGAAUUACAACGGACGCACAUUGUUGGAUGUGUUCCAGAAAAUAGAAACCGUUGCCGAAAUCGAAAAUCUCAAAAUCGACUGCUAUUGAUUAUCGUUACUUAGUACUGCCGGACAGUUUUGACACCCUUGCAUCAAUGGUCUAUUCGAGAAAUUCACUACUUUUGUUGAGGUAAAAUUAUAGUCUGAGCAAGAAUUUAUUUUAAUAACUGUAAUGAGUUAAUUGUAUUGUAUACAUAACAGAAUAGUUGAUAGGGAUCAAGUGGUAGUCAACAUACUGCAAAAAUUUCAAGCCUCUAAACACCCUAUUUUUGAUUAUUGGAAAUGCGAGAUCACGUAGAGCUGCAGUAGUUUUCGAAGAAAUAAAAAAUGCUUCCACCCGAUUCAUCUGAUCUGCAUCCCAUAGAGCAUGUUUCUGAUCAGUUACAAAAAAAAUCAUUGAAGACUAGAAACUUUACUGGAAACUAGAAACCUUCUUUCACAAUUUGCGAUAGACAUUGCACGAAAUUUAUUGGACAACUUGGUUGAAACCAUCCCAAAAGGAAGUGCUGUUGUGAUAGUCUAGAUCAGCACUUCAUUUAAUUAUUAAUUCAAUUAUGAAGUAUGCUCAGAUGGAAUAAAAGAUUUUUUGAUUCGUUUUAUGCAUUCAAAAGUUAACAAAUACAAACCUUUUUUAGAAAUACUGUUCAUUUUUUUUGCUUUAUCUUCCAAAAUAAAAUUUAAUCGAUAUCCUUUUUAACUGUUAUUAGUUUGAUAUUAAUAUCUCACCAUCAAAAAAAUAUGAAUUUGGUUGUUUGUACAUUUCAAAAACAUUUUUAAACUUUCUUUGUAUGUCAACAUUUUUUUGCAUUCUAAUGUAACUGAUGAAAUAUUUCUUCGUAUCUAGGUAUUUAAGGAUGUCCUAGGUUAAUUCAUGUAAUCUAACAUCAAUUCAAUUCAAUACAGGAUUUGACUGAGCUCAACUGAAUAAGAUUGAGAAUAAAAAGUGAAUAUUUGUAAUUGAAAUACUUAAAACGUGACUUACCUUCUAUUUGACAACGCUAUCGAUGCUUUGAAAAUUGCCCUGCUGAUUUUAUUUCAAAUCGAGCAAUUUAAGAUAACAUCUGUACUACGGUGAUUUUGUAUUUGUUUUAUGAUGUUAAGAAAUACUUUUUACAUCUAUUUCAGUGAAACUAACACAGAUGAAACUAAGUAUUACUGAAGUUAUUUUUAGUCAAUCUGCAAGGAAGCUUUCAAGAUAUAUACAAAUUCUAGAACACUGUUACGUUCAAGUUUAGAUAUUGAGUUUAUCGAACAUGAGUUAGUAGUGUUUAAGGUUGCAAAGUGAUAACCCAGUGACAGUUGAAAGACAUAAAGUCAAAAUUGUCCUUUUAUUUAAAUAAAAAUUUGUAAGCAUUUGUUAUUUUCUCAAGUUUAAGAGGAAUUUUGUUGUAGUUAUAGUCUUGUGUAUAAUAUGACUGAAGUUACCAAACCCUAAAUUAAUCGUCUUCUCAACGAAUCAUGAAAAUAUGAAAAAUGUUGUGAUUAUCAUGAAUUCUCGAUUUAAUUCAGUUGAAUUGUAGAUUCACUGUCUCUGCCGUUUCUAUAAAGGAUCUGAAAAUUUAGAAGUGGUAUUGUCCUUGUUUUUAAUGUCCCUUUACAAACCCAUUUAACGUACUAUCCUUUCUAAUAAUAUAUUGAACAGCGUAGUUGAUAACAGAUCUCCCUAUUUUAAUCUUAUUUUGGUCUGGAAACAUUUUGAUAUCCUUUGGUUUGCUUUUAUCUACGUUUUUUUAUGUUCGAGUAUGAUUUUGGAAACACUUAUUAACUGUUUUGGAAUAAUUUCUAUUGACAGUUUAAUAAGCUUUCCGAAAACCUAUUAAAAUUGAGUAAUUUGGCAGAUUAUAUUCCUACUUCAUUCUUUGUAUUUUCCUCAUAGUGAAAAUAUAACUGAUCUUCCAGAUCUGUACCCGCAUUGAUAAUCUCCGAAUAAGUUUUCUCCAUAUUUUCUUAACCUUCCUUCUAUGGUCUUGGCCAGUAAUUUGUAGUUUCUGCAUUCAUCUUUUCUCCUUUUCUUGUAUUGGUACCGCUUCUGACAUCGUCUUUUGUUCCCAUUUACUUAUUGAAUUAUAGAUUCCUGGUUCUAUUUUGUCUUCAUCAUUAUUCCAAUCGUGGUUUGUAAGCUUCUUCCAUUGUCCACCAUCGUUUUCUGCAUUUGAUAUUCGAAGUGGUCUUCCUCUUCUAUAAUUUUUUAUUUUUUUUGUGCGGAUAUGUUGAUGAUUGCAUCUCGAUUUAUAAGUCUGGGACUGCGCGCUUAUGUGCCUCUCUAUUUCUUACCUUAUGCAAAGGAUACAGGAAGAAAUUUAUGAAUCCUGGCGAAUCAGUAUAGUCCUGACAAGUGUGCAAAAUUUUAAAUCUGAAAUCUAAAAGUAGGGCAAAAUCGAGACUGAACAGUUAAUACAGGUGAAACUAAUAAAACCUUGUUAAAAUAAAUUCCGUUUCGAGACAAAAUUAUUUUAUAAUCUGAUUAAAGCGAUUUUUAGUAGAUAUGUAUAUUAUAAAAAGCAGAAAGCAGAAGUUAAAUAUUGAUUCAAUACCUGAUUUUAAUUUGUAACCAUCCACAAAUUAUUGUACAAAUGAUUUAAUCUAGGACGAUCCGAAUUAUAUAAUAAACUGUAUGAUAUGAAUAAAUUUUGUAAAAUAUUUUUUAUGUACAAUGUGUAUAUAUAUUAAAGAAAACUAUUUUGUGAUGUCCUUUAAAUGCCAAAUAUAGAUUGUAAAUAUGUCUAAUUUUGUAAAUGAUGUAAAUAUUUAGUUCGAAUAAAAUUUAAAAAAAAAAA